CGAAACACAGCUCGGCAGUAGGGCAAAGAGCCACCAUAGUGGGAUUCUCACGGUGAAUAGCAGCCGGUAUAUAGCGCUAACCCGCACUCAGAGGGGAGAAGAGAUGCUUCUUUCCCGGGGCUUGACAUAAUUAUCACCCCUGGGGAGCCAGCUAAAGAGUAAAAUGGCCCCAAAUUCCAUCCACUGGUUCCGUAAAGGACUGCGUCUCCACGACAAUCCAGCUUUAAGGGAGGCGGUCCGGGGUGCUGGCACAGUGCGCUGCGUUUACUUCCUUGACCCAUGGUUUGCAGGCUCCUCUAAUGUCGGGGUCAAUAGGUGGAGGUUUUUGCUCCAGUGUUUGGAGGACCUGGAUGCAAGUCUCCGAAAGCUCAAUUCCCGUCUUUUUGUCAUCAGGGGCCAACCAGCAAAUGUGUUCCCUCGCCUCUUUAAGGAGUGGAAGAUCUCUCGACUGACCUUUGAAUAUGACUCAGAGCCGUUUGGGAAGGAGCGAGACGCCGCCAUCAAGAAAUUGGCCAUGGAGGCAGGCGUGGAGGUCAUCGUCAAGAUAUCGCACACGCUCUACGACCUGGAUAAGAUCAUCGAGCUGAACGGUGGACAGCCUCCCCUUACCUAUAAGCGGUUCCAGACCCUGAUAAGUCGCCUUGACCCACCUGAGAUGCCCGUGGAGACGCUGUCAGACACCUUAAUGGGCGGCUGCAUCACCCCCAUCACUGAGGACCACGGGGAAAAGUAUGGCGUCCCAUCCCUGGAGGAACUGGGUUUUGAUACAGAGGGCCUCCCUUCAGCUGUGUGGCCGGGAGGAGAGACUGAAGCUCUGACAAGAAUAGAGCGCCAUCUGGAGAGAAAAGCAUGGGUGGCUAACUUUGAGCGUCCCCGGAUGAAUGCCAACUCGUUGCUGGCCAGCCCAACAGGCCUCAGCCCCUACCUGCGCUUCGGCUGCCUCUCCUGCCGACUCUUCUACUUCAAACUUACUGACCUCUACCGCAAGGUAAAAAAGAACAGCUCUCCUCCACUCUCCCUGUAUGGCCAGUUACUAUGGCGCGAGUUCUUCUACACCGCAGCAACCAACAACCCACGCUUCGACAAAAUGGAAGGAAACCCCAUCUGUGUCCGCAUUCCUUGGGACAGGAAUCCAGAGGCCCUCGCCAAGUGGGCCGAAGCCAAGACUGGCUUUCCCUGGAUAGACGCUAUCAUGACGCAGCUGAGACAGGAGGGCUGGAUUCAUCAUCUUGCCCGGCAUGCCGUAGCUUGCUUCCUUACCAGAGGGGACCUGUGGAUCAGCUGGGAAGAAGGGAUGAAGGUUUUCGAGGAGCUACUUCUGGAUGCAGACUGGAGUGUGAAUGCGGGCAGCUGGAUGUGGCUGUCCUGUAGUUCAUUCUUUCAGCAGUUUUUCCACUGCUACUGCCCCGUGGGCUUCGGCCGACGCACCGACCCCAACGGGGACUUCAUCAGGCGAUACUUACCUGUCCUCCGAGGUUUCCCCGCCAAGUACAUCUACGACCCAUGGAACGCCCCAGAAUCUGUGCAGGCGGCAGCCAAGUGUAUCAUAGGAGUCCAUUACCCAAAACCCAUGGUGCACCACGCGGAGGCCAGCCGGCUCAACAUCGAAAGGAUGAAGCAGAUCUACCAGCAGCUGAGUCGAUAUAGAGGACUAGGCCUGUUAGCAUCUGUCCCAUCCACAAAUGGGAAUGGCAAUGGAGGAAUGAUGGCCUACUCUCCUGGAGAGCAGCAGUCGGGGACCAACAACAAUUCACAUUUGCCUGGAGGCUCAGGUAGCUCUGUGGCCACAGGGAACGGUGGUAGGAGCAUCUUAUUUAACUUUGACAGUGAAGAACAGACUGAGCCCAGCAAUGUUGGACAACAGCGGCUUCACACACUGCCACAGAACCAGCAACAGCAUGGAUACCACUCAGUGCCAGACGCCAACCAGAACAUCACCAGCAGCCGACUCUAUCAUGAGUUUGCUGUGCCUCAACACCCAGGCCUCCUUCUGCACACCAGGAGCAGCAUCACAGGAAAGCGGGAACGCGAGUCGGAACGGGAAGGAUCGGGUGAAGAAGAACCAGCUUCCUGCUCUGGGAACAAAAUGCAGAGACAGUGUGCAGAGACUGUUCAGGCCUGAUGAAGAGACUGCCUGCAAAACCUCAUCAUCUGGUCAGCUGUUUGAAGAAAUGCCCAGCACCCAGCUCCCCAUCCGGACAUAACUACCUACCUGUUCAACCAAACACACAAACACUAUGUCUUUAUUUUAUUCUUAUCCAAAACUCCCUGAGAUAUAAACACAAAGGUGAAAAUGGGAUAAUCUUCUACCCAAUCACAUUUUUUUUUUUUUUUUUUUUUUUUUAGAAAUAAGUUCUUAAAGGUGGGACAGCAUUAGAAGAAUGUACUAAGAAACAAAAUGCCUCAAACCUGCAGCUUGGUUUGAAACCUUGUUCAAAAUAAAUAUAAAACACUUCUGCCACCAGCCAAUCCAACUACACAGCCAAUGAAUGCAUCUAUGAUUGCAGUAAUGGUUCAAUCUUUCCCACGCUGCUUUGCACUAUAUAUGAAACCCUUUCCACACCAGUUUGCAUACAGCAGACUGCUAAACCAGUCACCGUCAACAGGCCCUAAAUUAAACCUAUCAAGAACACAUAGUUACAGGAUGUUCUUUUUUUGGGUUUGAAAG